AUGUUAUUAUUGAAACAGGUUAGAAAACUUGAAUUCUUGAUUGCAUUUCUAGUAUUUACAAUUGCUGCAUGCUUUUUUGCUGAGCUUGGAUGUGCAAAACCUAUUGCUAAAGAAGUUUUGAAGGGUCUUUUUGUGCCAGAACUAAAAGGAAGCCGUGCUACUGGUCUCGCAAUUUCACUCCUAGGGGCUAUGAUUAUCCAGUAUACCACUCACUGUAUGAUGAUUUCAUCUGGAUGCAGAAAUUUGGAGAUCCUAUGUUUCAUAGGCAUGUUGCAGAGCUCUGCAGCCAUUGGAGCCAAUGUCUUCUGUUUCGUCCUCCCCACAUAUUCGAUCAAAUGCUCCUUUUGCUGGUCUUGUUAUAUGCGUUACUGGGCUAUCCAAAGAGUCUGGCCUGAUUCGUUGAGUUUUGGUAAUAAGGUCUGGAUACUGUUCCCUUGAGACAAAAGAAAAAGAAUCAUUUGUUCAUUGAAACAGUGAACAGGCUCUCUGUCCCUUUCCCUUUUGUUGUUUUGUGAAAGAGAGGAAGGGGUGAGAGAGAAGGGGAUUGAUGAUUGUGCUUCUUAUAAUAUAAAUUGUAAAAUAGAUGUCAAGUAAAUCUGGAAGUCUUCCAACAGCGUAUAUGCAAAUCAAGACUGCUGAUAUAAGCCGUUUCUAUUGGAAAAAAUGUUCAUA